AUGUCCAGUCUAUAUAAACUAUCAAUCAAAGGUAUACGUGCCUUUGAACCAGAAACAGAAGAGACAAUUCAAUUUGGAUUUCCUUUAACGUUAAUAUGUGGACAGAAUGGUUGUGGGAAAACCACCGUGAUUGAAUGUUUGAAAUAUGCGACCACUGGAGAUCUACCUCCAAAUUCCAAAGGUGGCGCAUUCGUACAUGACCCUAGUCUUUCUGGAAGAUCAACAGUAACUGGUCAGAUCAAAUUGGCUUUCCGAAAUGUGAAUGGUAAAUCUAUGAUAACUACGAGAAGUGUCCAACUUAGUAAAAAACAAGGUAGAGGAGGUGCCGCGUCACUUACUUUCAAGACAUUAGAAGGUCAAUUAGCAUUAAUUGAUAAAGGAGAGAAAGUCAGUAUCUCUACUAAGAAUGCUGAAUUGGAUGGACAAACUCCGAUUUAUUUGGGUGCAUCAAGGGCAAUUUUGGAUUAUGUUAUAUUUUGUCAUCAAGAUGAAAGUCUUUGGCCAAUGAGUGAAGCUUCGUUGUUGAAGAAACGUUUUGAUGAUAUAUUCGAAGCAUCUAAGUUUACUAAAGUUUUGGAUAAUUUGAAAUCGAUCAAAAAGGAAAUGGCAACUGAUAUUAAAUUGAUUGAACAAAGUGUGAGACAUUUAAAGAUUGAUAAGGAUAGAGCACAAAAGGUUCAAGAUAAAUUAAAAGCCAUGAAUGAGUCAGUAGAUCGGUUUAAUGAAGAAAUCCUUGACCUUAAUAUCAAAAUAGAAAAAAAGGAAAAGGAAGCAGAUAAUUUAUUUGCCUCAAAUCAGGAGUUUCAAAGAACAUUGAGUGAUUAUGAGAAUUUAGUAAUCAAAAGAAAAUCAUUAGAAGAACAGAUAGAAAGGAUGAAAUCAAACUUGACUAUUUUAUCAGAUUCUGAUGAAGAACUAAUGCACAAACAACAGAAUUUCUCAAAUAUAACUGCUGAGAAGAAAGACAAGAUCGAAGAAUUGCAAAUGGAACAAGAUGAAUUAAAUGAAGAAUUGAAAUCUAAGACAAAUGAAUAUAAUGAAUUGAUUAGAAUUGACGGGUCCUUGAAGUCUAAAAAAGCACAAUAUGAUAAAAAUUUAGGAGAGAUUUCAACAAUUAUCCAGAAUAAUUCCACCGCAUUCGACGUUCAGUUAUCAGAUGAUAUAUCCAGCAAUAUCACUACAUUCAAAAAGGCAAUUGAGAGAAAACAUAAGAAAGUACUUGGCGACCAAAAGAAAUUAUUAACCGAGAAUAAAUCAAAAGAAUCCGAAAAACAGUCACUCGUCCAAGAGAUGUUAAACUCGUUAUCAAGAGAAGAACAACAUCGAGAAUAUAUUUCUAAUGAUUUAACGGCGGCGAAUUUGAAACUCAAUUCAUUAAGAAGACAAUUAGAAUCUCGUGAUAAUGAUGAAAGUGAACUAGAUUCAAAGAAACUUGAACUUGAAACCACUAGCAAAAAGCUAGAUGAAAAGAAGAACCUGAACGAGAUUAAAGAUCUUGAUUUGAAGAUAGAUGAGGGAAAUUAUGAGAUAUCAAAAUUAGAAUUUGAAUUAGAUGAAUUAGCCAAAAAGCUUUCAAUGAGUAAUAAGCAAUCUGAUUUGAGAUCAAAGAUAACAUAUUUGCAAGAUUCUCUUUCAUCAAGAAAAGAAUCAGUUAAUAAGCUUAUCGCUUCGAUUGGUGGUGACUAUGAGAAAUUGGUUGGGACCAAAUUGGAUGGAGAUUCUACUGAUAUUCAAUUGAAUGAUAAGAUUCGCUCGCUUGAAGAAAAGUUCGAGGAAAAGCAAUCUAAAGUAAUAUCCUUAAAAGGUGAAGUCGAAACCAACAAACUGUUAAUGGAAGCAAGCAAAAAAUCUAAAGAAGUAAACUUGAGUAAAAUGCAGGAUCUCAAAGCAAACAUCACCAAAGUCAUCGAAGAGGAUGAAAUUUCAACUUAUGAAGAAGUGGUAGAGGACUUAGAAGAGAGUUAUGGAAACGUGAUGGAAGAUGUUAGCACCUCUGAAGUUACCAAACAAUUCAAUAUUACUGCAGUUUCUAUAGCAGAGAAAAACCAACAUUGUUUGUUGUGUAAGAGAUCGUUUGAAGGUGAUAGUCUUCAAAAGUUUAUCAAUGAAUUGAAGCAAAGCGUGGACGAAAAGAAGAUUAAGGAAAUUAAUGACCAAGCACAAGAAAUAAAACAAGAACUUGAUGGCGUAAAGGCGAUCAAUACGGAUAUUCUUAACUAUAGGGAAUGUGUAGGUCAAGCUGCUGAAAUAGGUAAGCGAAUUCAAGAUUUGGAAUUGCAAUUAGGUUCGUUGAGCGUGGAUUUGCAGAAAGAGGUAUCUGAGUUAGAAACGAUAAAGUCUUCCUUGGAUCAAGCUAUUCUUUUAAGAAAACCUUUGACCGAAUUAAUGAGAUUAAAUGCUGAGAUUAGCGACUUGAGAAAACAAAUUGCAGAUUUGAGUGACGAGCUUAAUGAUUUUGGAAGCGCUAUAUUGUCAAUAAGUGAAUUGCAAGGUUUACAACAAGAAAAGAACAACAAGAUUAAGGAAGCUAGACAAGAUGUCACAAAGUUUACGGAAUCCAAAUAUGUCGUACAAAGAGAAAUUCAAAGAUUAGAAAGCAAAGUUAAGGACGUUCAGUUGCAAAUCAGCAAUCUAGAAAAAUCUCUUUCAGAAGUAACUAAUAUUAAGAAUUCGAUUUUGGAGAUUGAGAGAUCUAGUGAAAAGAAUCAAGGAAAGAUGGAAAGUAUUGAUGCUAGUGUGAAAGAAUUAGAAAUUGAGAAGGAGAAGCGUAUCAAAUCUUUACAUGAGGCUCAAGAAAAGAUUAGAAAAUCGGAACUAGAGAUGGAAACCGAAGUGGAGUCUAUUCUGCAACUAUUCAAUUCCUACACUCUGCUCCAUGAGGUGAUAACCGACUUUGAGACGACAGGGGUUUCCGCAUUAGAAGAAAACAAUACGCGUAUGGAGGAGGUAUCAAAUAUCCUUGAAGACUUAAAUAAGAGAAUCCAAGUUAUCGUGCAAGACAUAAAAGCAUUGGAGAAGGAAGUGUUUGAUGCAUCAGCAAUUGAAAGAAACAUCAUUGUAAAUAUAGAUUACCGCGUCCAACUUAACAAAUUGGAUGAGACCGAUUUUCAACUAAAUUCAAUGGAUAUCGAAAAUGCGCAAACCAAAAAGGAAGAAUAUCAAGAAAUGUCCAAGCGAUUAAGACAAGAAAUAUCCGAUUUAACUUCCAGACAUGCAGGGAAAACCGGUGAAGUUAAACAAAUCCGAGAUCAAAUCAAAGGGCUCCAAAAAGAAUUAGAAACAGAAUACAAGAAUGUGAAUCAAACAUAUCACGAAGAAUGGAUUAAAUUGCAAACAAAUAUGCUUGUUUCGAAUGAUAUUCAAAAUUACUCAAAGGCAUUGGAUAAUGCAAUUAUGAAAUACCAUAGUCUUAAAAUGGAAGACAUCAAUAGGAUUCUUGGAGAAUUAUGGUCUCAGACUUAUAAGGGGUCAGAUAUUUCCACCAUUGCCAUCAAGAGCGAUGUCAAUUUACAAGCUAAAGGAAACCGGUCAUACAAUUACCGUGUAGUUAUGGUUAAGAAUGCAAGUGAAUUAGAUAUGAGAGGUAGAUGUUCAGCAGGUCAAAAGGUUCUUGCAAGUAUACUUAUUAGACUAGCAUUAGCUGAAUGUUUUGGAGCUAAUUGUGGUAUGAUUGCUUUAGAUGAACCAACUACGAACUUGGAUCUGGAAAAUUCGGAAGCUUUAGCCGAGGCUUUGAAUCAUAUUAUUGAAUAUAGAAAAGAACAACUGAACUUUCAAUUAAUCGUUAUUACUCAUGAUGAAAAAUUCUUGACUCAUAUUAAAGGUGACCGUUUCACUGAUCAUUUCUAUAGAAUCCAACGAGAUGAAAGUAACAAAUCUAGGAUCUAUAGUUUACCAAUUGGUAGAAUUCAAGAAGCAUAG